UGAAGUUCAAUUUUUGAACGCAUGAAAAUCAAAAAAUGUAAACAAAACUCAGAAAAUUAAAUUUGAAAAUUGUAGGAAGGAAAUCAACUAGAUAAUCAUCAAUAUAAAUAGGAAAAUACAAUGUCGGCUAACGAUUCAGAAAUAGAAAAAGGAUUUGAAUUUAUUGAAGCUCAUUCUAUCAAUGGAAUUCAAACUGAAUUUGUUGUUCAUAAGUUUAUGAACAAAAUUUUGCUUAUCAUCACGCAGUUUGGUAAAAUUGGCAAUUUCUACAGUGUAAAUAACCAGGUUUUCUCUGAUGAUAACAUGAUAUCCGCUUCAAAUACGAAAAUAUUUAACAUAAAACAUUUGUUUGGUCCAGAAUCAAUAGAAACUGAAGGAGCUAUAAGAUAUCUUAUGAAUUUCAUUGCAAGUGAACGUCAAGAAAUAUUAGUUUGUUUCGCUGUGAAAAAUAAUGACAAUCUAAGUAAAGAAUUUUUAGAUAGAGUCAAAGAUAUUCUUUUGAAAAUUCCCAUCUUUAUGAAAUAACUUCAUUAAUUA